CAGUUAUCCAAUUAGCGGCAGUUCUGGAAAGAGCGACUUUCUUAUUUUGAAUCUAUAAUUCACUACUCAAUGUCAGUUACAAGACAUUUGCUUGAAGCAGGUCCAGUGUGAGGUACAAAACGAUGGAAAUCAGCUCGAUAUCAGCUAAGGGUCCCAGUCAUUCUAUUGAAUACGUCUGUGGGGUACAAUGCCCGGUGCCCCUAAAAUACUUUGGGUCGGACACUAGCAACCGGGGUAACCUGGCCUGAACUUCCGAUUGCACAAGGCAACUUCUUAAUAACCGUGACCCCACAACUCAUCUGAGACACAGGGCUCGGGCCCAAGCUAGUCCUGGAGGCCUCUCAUUCACCUCACCCGCUCUGAUAAAAACCUCAGGCCCACAGCGUCUGUGUGCUACAUUCCGUGACCGACUCCACGGUGUUCCCGCCUCUGUUCUGGCAUCACCAGGUACCUCGGACGCCAUCCUACAGCUCCAAUUGAGCCCGUCAACAGGCCGGGCACUCACCACGGAGACCCAGCCGAUGGAACCGGAAAUAGCUUCUUGUAGAAGCUCAGGAAUAAGUAACGUCUCUCAGUUGCCCGGUGCGACGCUGGUCCUCAGGAAGGUGCUCAAUUGGUCCAUUAAAGAGGGACCGCCGCCUUGGGAGCACGCUGACCAAUCAGGAUGCAGGAUGGUGAGCCGGGGGCGCGUCGCUUCCGGCGGUUUCCCCACAGCUUCUGCGUGGGGAGCAUGGGAGCGUGGGAGUUUUGUGGUGGCCUCCGCCUCCUUUGUCGCGUCUCGGCUGGGCGUGGCUUCGGGCCGCUUCUGCCGGGCUGGGUGAGACUGUCUGUGCCCCCGAGCGGGUGAGCGGGUCCGUUUCAAGGCUGCUUUGGAAGAAGCCGUCACCUCCGAUUCUCAAAGGAGCUUGAGGGUUUCGAGGAACCUGAGGGGAGAGUGGAAAGGCCUGGCAGCCGAGUCGUAGAUUCUAGGGACUGUUCUCUCCGCUUGAUGUGUUGUCCCAUCGUGGGGACUUGAAGAAGUUCCCCUUAGCUUCCCCAGAUGGCGUCCACGCGCCCCACGUCAGAUGACCAGGGACCGUUGCUGUUUGAAGAUCUGGAUGUGUAUUUCUCUCAAGAGGAAUGUGUGAGUCUGCAGCCUGCCCAGAAGACCAACAGCGGAGAAGCCUCGUUGGAGCGUUUUGAGGAUUUGGACUCGACAGCAGGAGGGGAAGACAAGAUUGAGACCAAUCAGCAGUUAAGCCUAGAGUCUAUGGAACUUGAAGAGCUGUCUCUAGAAACGUACUCCAUUGCCUCACCCCAUGGCCACUACUCUGAAAAAUCUGAGCAUGACAUUGGAAUGCAUGAAAGGAAGAUGUCAGGGGGAACUUUGACUUGUAAGACCAAGGUUAUAAGCCUCUUAGUUACCAUUGAAAACCAAACCCCAUUAGUAGAAUUAUCUCAGUGUUUAGGAGUCAAAACACUUUCUGACAUUAUUGAAGUUCCCUGGGAAGAAGCCACAAAUGUGUACAAGUGUCCUGACUGUGACCAAAGCUUCAGUGAUAACACAUACCUUGUUUUGCAUCAGAAAAUCCAUUCAGGAGAGAAAAAGUAUAAAUGUAGUACCUGUGAGAAGACCUUCAGUCACAGAGCCAACCUGAGGACACAUAAGAGAAUCCACACUGGUGAGAAGCCUUACAAGUGUACCAAGUGUGCUGCCAGCUUCCGGCAGCAGUCACACCUGUCCCGGCACAUGAAGAGCCAUAUAAAGGAGAACCCAUAUACAUGUAAUGUAUGUGGGAGAAGUUUUAUGUGGCUCCCAGGAUUGGCGGAACAUCAGAAGAGUCAUACUGAUAAAAAAUCUUAUGAAUGUGCUGACCGUGAUCAACCAUACUGUCAGGAAACAAAUCUGGCUUUGCCUGAAAACACAGGCUCAUCAGACACCCCAUACCAGCACAGCCAGUGUGAGAAGAGCUUGGAGCACCCCUCGUACCCUGCUCUCCCUGAGAAGGAUCAUAAGGAGGACUCUAAGAACUGCAGUACUGAUGAUGAAGACUUUUUUUCAUUCUCCAGAUUCAAACCCUUACAGUGUCUUGAUUGUGACAUGACCUUUCCUUGUUUCUCGGAGCUUGUUUCUCAUCAAACCAUUCAUGACAUGGAAAAACCUCAUAAGUGUAAGACAUGUGGAAAAACCUUUGCUUUAGAUUCAGAACUUGCAUCCCACGAGAAGCAGCACAUCAAAGAAGAACCCUUCAAAUGCACGGUGUGUGGGAAGAGCUUCCGAGUGAAUCUGCAUCUCAUCACUCACAAACGAACCCACAGGAGAAACACCAAGUAAAUACAAGCUUUGCCACUGUGUGAGCUUCUCAGUGUCUUUAUGAUGGGAAACCGCUUAUGUGCAGCAUUACGCUAAGCAAGCACUUUACACACAUUCCAGGUAACGUAGGCAGUAUUAUUUAUUACCUCUGAUUAGAACUGAGGCGACAUAAUGUUACAUACAUAGCAUGUGAAGCGAGGAUUUGAACUCAGUUCCUGAUCAGAUUUCAUUUAUAUGAGCCAGAGAAACAAAAAACUUUAAAAUUUGGCUUUUGACUGCUGGGUGUGGUGGCACACACCUUUAAUCCCAGCACUUGGGAGGCAGAGGCAGGUGUGAAUCUCUGAGAGUCUGAGACCAGUCUGGUCUACAUAGUUCCAGGACAGCCAGAGCUAAAUGUGGGACCCUGUCUCAAAAACCAGAAUAAUUCAGUUUUUGUUAAAAUGAAGGUUAUUUCUACAUUUUUUUUAAAAAAAGUUGGUUUCUAAGAAUUUUAGGAAGAGGAGAUUUAUUUAUUUUUUGCCAGUUCUAUACAUUAGUAUCUAGGAAAAUGAAUGUAUUUAUAUUUGUUUUUGUACUUUUCUUGUUAAAAUUAUUUCAGUGAAAUGUUUGUAUGGACUAUUUUGUUUGAACUGUGAAUUUCUAGUUAAGGACUCCAUAUAAAGUUACCAAAUGGGCCACUUUUGUUUUCUUAAGUGUGUGUGUGUGUGGGUUCUUGCUGUGUAGCCCAGGCUGGCCUCAAAAAUCGUCAUUUUCCUGUUCACAUCUCCCAAGUGCUAGGAUUACUGGUAUGUACCAUCAUAUGCAGCUAGUUAACAGCUGGGUAACAUUAUUUGUGCAUUUCCCAUUUUCAGACCUGAUGGCAGGGGCAGGCCCUGACUUCUCUAGCAGUUAAACUUCGUGGGAGUACUUGCUCCUCUCUGAAGGGAUCUGCCUCUAGAUCUCCACUGAAGCACAUCCUGGCUGGCUAUGAGUAAUUAGAACUACUUUUUGAAGAGAGCAUGCUAAAUAGUGUGGAUAUAUUAUUUUGUUUAAUCUUCAACAGAAUCUGAGAGAAAAGGACUGUCCACGUUUUACAAAUAAAUGGAAGCUUUCAGAAGGUAAAGUCAAUGCUUUGCUACACACACAAAACGUCACACUGGUGAGGGUAACAUCUAAAUUCAGGUGCUUUCUAAUUCCCAAGGCCACUCAUUUUGUGACACUGCACUAUCUGUUGGUAUUUGUGCCACAGGUUAACACUAGGAGACAAGGAUGCUGGGGAGGGAGGGGAACUGCAGGCAUGGAGGCUGCCCUGGGCCUUACUAUCUGAAGCCCAUUAUGUCCGUAUUCUUAUCCAAAACUAGAUUUCGUUGCUCUUAAAAAGCAACAGAAGACUCUCUACAGCUUCAUGCUUGAAAUUCUUGUCACUGUAUCAAACCAGAGAUUUGGGGUUUUUUCCAUUUUGAGAUGGGGUUUCUCUGUAUAGCCCUGCUUGUCCUGGAACUCCCUCUGUUCACCAGGCUAGCCUCAAACUCAAGAGAUCUGCCUGCCUCAGACUCCUGAGUGCUGGAAGGUGUUAUGACACCACGAAGUGGCUAGAGACUAUUAAAUUGUAACAUUUCCUGUCCACUUCCAAAGAAAAAUACAAUAGGAUUAUUGAGUUUUUAACCAAAAUAACUGAUAACACAUAUGUCUUUAGGUACUGGUAUCACAGAUAAAUAUUAGAACAAAAUAUUGUCAUAUAGUGUGGUUAUUAAAAGAACCAAAGAAUGUUGUAAGUAUACAUUCUUACAGAACUACACUUUACAACAAAAUUGAUUAUAUACCUAUCACUAAAACUAUAUGGUCUUUCGGCUAAUAUGCAUUUAUGAUUGAUUUCAUUCUGUCUAAAUAGACUGUAAAAAUGUAGUAUUUACUAAAAUGGAAUUACUGCUAGGAAAUUUCAUGCACAAAAAUAAAGCCCUCUUGAGGGCCAGUGGCUAAAAUGUAGUACCUGGGAAUCGUCUCUUCUACAGAAGAGCAGGUUGAGGGUUUUAUGUACAAAAGAUGCCAGCUGCGCAACUAAGCACUCCGUAUUUACUAAAGACAGGAAGGUCGCUGUUGCCGAGUGAGGAAAACUGAAUCAGCAGCCUUGCCUCACUUGUCGUCCCUCUCCUGGAGAUCACUAUUUCAAUUUAUCCACAGUUGAGACGGUGUGAUCUGUGUGUCAAGGUCAGACCUGGCUGUUUCUCCAAAUUUAGGAUAUAAACCAUCAUUCUGUCAGGGAGUUGGGGGUCUCACAUUUAAAAUAGCCUUCUGGUCUCUUCAGCCCUUCGUCGGAGAUGCUUUGAAUUGUAUAGGAAGGUUCUCUGAAGCCUUAGCUAACUCUGGGAUAUGGUUGUUGUGAAACAGCCACAAGAGUGUUAGUUUCCCACUGUCUGUUUCUCAGAGCAGGGACGUGGUGUGCUCCUGCAUAGGCUCUAAUAUUUCAGUGAAGACCCUUGAGUUAUAGGAUGGGGAAUGGAACUGGCAAAGAGGCCCUUACAAAGAACAAAAGAGAAAUGUGUCAGAAGGUACCCGGACAAAUGUGGCUGACCUAAAGAUGGACGUUGUCACCCUCUUUUUUUGCUGCUAGGGAAACAAAAACAGGUGAGUCUAUGCUGCAGGCACUGCUGCACAUCUUCACGUGAAAUUCACAAUUUACCUCUCAGUGUUUGUAGUUUUCUGCAUUCUCCAGACUUUGAAGAUUAGAAAAAAGACACUUUUAUAAAAAUCAUUACUAUAUGUGAGAGUAAUUAAAUGGCCUGUGGUAUAUUAUUGGUGACUGGUAAAAAAGGAAAAAACAGUUACUGUGAAAUAGGCACAUUUUUAGUUGUUUCCUUAUUGUGUACUUAUUUCUAAAAACAUUAGUUGUACGUUAUUCUCAAGCUGCUCUGCACCCAAGGAAUUGAAGGAAGAGCUGCAAUGGUAUUUCAGCUCUUUUCAUGAUAAUGGCCUUUUCAUCAUCCUAACUGUAUUGCCCACUAGGAUAGAUCACAUAAGAAAUCUCUUAACCCAGGAUAAGUUAUGUUAGGUGCUAAUAACAUAUUGGAAACAGUCAAUAUAGGGAUAAAAAUGAAAUGUAUGUGUAUUGCUCUGAAUGGUUGGCUAACUACAUGUAGGAGGGGUGUUGACCCCCUGAAUGGUCAGCUAACUACAUGUAGGAGGGGUGUUGACCCCCUGAAUGGUCGGCUAACUACAUGUAGGAGGGGUGUUGACCCCCUGAAUGGUUGGCUAACUACAUGUAGGAGGGGUGUUGACCCCCUGAAUAGUCGGCUAACUGCAUGUUGUAGGAGCGGUGUCGACACUAUGAAGUGUGGAAAUUUGUACUGAAAAAAUGACUCAAACUUGGUGGGUUUUGCUGAUGUGAUGAUGUAAAUGUGACUAAAACAGUUCUUUAAUAUGAUUCUGUGCAUACCGAGUUGUGUUAAACUGUCAUCAUUGAUGACAACAGCAUUUCCCAGUGGAAGUUAGAUGCCAGUGUUUGCACUUUAAGUGAUGUCAGAUUGUGUUGUUGAAUCAUUUUGUCGAGAACUGUGCUGCUACAAAUAACAAUCUGUUCACAUGCUCUGCGACCCUGAAGACAGCUGGCCAGUAACUCAGGCAGUUAAAACAAAUGACAUUUUUGUCUUUGAUGCCUCAAGUUCCAGAAAUUUAAGUAGUAGCUGGAGAGAUGGCUGGGAGGUUAAGAGCACCGACUGCUCUUCAGAGGACCCAGGUUCAAUGCCCAACACCCACAUGGCAGCUCAUAAGUGAUUGUAAAUCCAGUUCCUGUGUGAUCUGACACCUUCACACCAUUGCACAUAAAGUUAAAUCAAUCAUAAAAAAUUCUUUAAAAAAAUUAAGUAGUAGUGUCCGGUGACUGUAAUGUAAGAUGCCAAUCUGAAAAGAUACUUUGCUUUAAAUAAUCUGAUUUACUGUAUAUGUAUUCAAAGGGAGAUGUAGGGUAUAGCUUUUAUGAAAAAAAAAACCUAUUUUGAGUGUUGCAGUGAUUAGGAAACUGCUUUUGCUUUGACUAUUUGUUAAAAUGGAAAAUUGUAUAUUUAACUGUUUUAGUCUUGUAUAUUAGAACUAUUUAUGUAAUAUAAAAUGACUAUUAUCUAUCUCUUUAAGGCUAACUACAGGUGUUUGUCUCUUUGAACUGAGAUUCUCGUCUGUAAGAACGGUCUAGGGAGAACUGGGAUACAACCUAAUUCAUUUAUAGAAACCUAAAAAUACUUUCCCAUGUCUAUUUAUUUUGAUGCCUAGUUAAUGCUUUCCGUAUGCGCUUUCUGUGUUUCUUUCAGCUUUACUGUUUCUGACACAUUCCCAUUGGUCUUAGCUCUAGAUUGGAGUCUCUCAACUGUGACUGUGUGCAUUUGAUGUGCAAUUUAUCAUCCAAUAAAUGUUAUCUUGUGAUGAUGGCAAGGUUGUAAACUUAAAAUGUAUAUGUCAAUGACUUUAGAUUGUAGUAAAGGUAAGUUCAAAAAAGUUAAUUGGAUAAUAGUUUAGAAAAUGUGAAUGAAUUACUUUACCCCACUUGAUAAAGGAAAUAACGUGUCUCGUUCCCUGGAAUUCAGUAUAAAGUUUUAGCAUUAUUCCAAGACAGCACUCCAGUCUUAGCUGCAAGGUAGCGGUACAGGACCAAGUACCUCUAGCUCCACCAGGCAGUGGUUCUCUAACAGACCAGCCCAGCUGGGAAGGAAUAUGGUAAAUUCUCUCUUCUGGUCUCCCAGGCCUUGGAGUGAUCGUAGGCUGGCCAAGCAGCUACCAGUGGUACAGGUUGGAGCUCAUGUCUACCAGGUGCCAUUUGCCUUGCCAGCGGACAGGAAGCCGGCACCUGAGGCCACUUCUGGUGUCUGCUUCCAUCAGUGCUUGUGCACUGCACUGACUGUUGGGGCUGGCUAUCCAGCGGUGGAGUUAGGUGAGGCAUGGUCUGUCGAGACAGGGUUUCUCUGUUAGCUUUGGACCCUGUCCUAGAAUCCACUCUAUAGACCACACUGGCCUCAAACUCACAGAGAUCCACCUGCCUCUGCCUUCCGAGUGCUGGGAUUAAAGGCGUGUGCCGCCA